AUGGCUGCUCAAGGAGUCCAUGACAAAGUUCACCACGUCGAAAUCCCUGAAAUCAACAAUAAUCACCAGCAAAAACAACCCAAAGAAGAACCAAAGGAUGCCGCCAAAAUCGACUACUCCGUUAGGGCACAGUGGCUAAGAGCCGCCGUGCUGGGCGCCAAUGACGGGCUCGUGUCGAUAGCAUCCAUAAUAAUGGGAAUUGGAGCAGUGAAGAGAGACAUCAAGGACAUGUUGCUUGCUGGGUUCACAGGCCUAGUUGCUGGCGUGUGCAGCAUGGCAAUCGGAGAGUACGUGUCGGUGCACACCCAGUUGGACAUAGAGAUAGCGUAG